AUGUCGCUCCCGCUCAGAACGCAGCCGCCGGCCUCGCCGCGGCGGCGCGAACAGGCUCACAUUCGACACAGCUCCCACGGCCGCACUCGACGAGACUCGUCUUCCCGCCGCCGUAGGCCUUCCGACGUCGAGCCCCGGCCGUCGCACGACUCGCGCACAUCGCGCGCGUCGAGAACCACGCCGAGAAAGGAACACUCGCGCCAUCCGUCUUCACAAAACGCUCAGCCUUCCCCGCGGACACCAACCGCCCGCGAAGACGAUCCGAUGAUGGCGGCCGGCCAAGAAUUGACCCGCAAGCGCAGUCUAGUAAGGCCGGAGCGCAGCCGCAUCGAGCCCGAUCAUCCCAACUACCACUACCGUCAACAUGCCUCAGGCAUGAACGUGCGGCCUUCGACCACUGGCAACGACCCGCUUGCCGAGAACCAUUAUGAGGCUGAGACUGCUAGCUCGGAAAGUACAGACAUCAAAACCUUAGCUCCGAGGGUCCAGCAGCGGAGCUCGGGCAACAACUACUACAACGAAAAAAAAGAGGCCCACAAUCGGCAUGCUGGUGCCGAUCGCAAGCUUCAGCGCAGAUCCGCCCGGCAAGAACCGAGGAAGAAAGACAAGGACGCAAAGGCCCGAGAGCGCAUCCGCAACGGCGAACGACCCCCGAGUUUGUGGAGCGUUUACUGUGCUAUCCUGACUUUCUGGGCGCCAGGUUGCAUCUUACGUUGUUUUGGAAUGCCUCAGAAAGCUCAGCAGCAGGCUUGGCGCGAGAAGAUUGGCCUGAUCAGCAUCAUCAUGUUGAUUUGCGCUUUCGUUGGUUACUUGACAUUCGGCUUCACUGAGACUGUUUGCCCUAACGGGGGCCCAAUGCGGCUGCAAGUCAACAAAGUCGACACUGGUUACAUGAUCAUUCACGGGAAAGCGUACGACCUAUCCAAGUCUUCCCACCCAUGGGUACGCGGAAUCCCCGAGGGCGCAAAUGUCCUUUUCGAUCUCCCGGAAAAGCAGGGCGGCAAAGACGCCAGCUUUCUGUUCCAGAACGUCAACGGUCAUUGUAAAGGCCUGAUAAAUGCCGCUGACGGCUCUGACGUGGUCUCUGAGGAUAACGGGACUGAGUUGGCCUGGUAUUUCCCCUGCAACACUUUCAACCAAGAUGGUUCUUCGGAGCCGAACUUCACGAUUCCGUACUACCUGGGAUAUGCAUGCCACACGUCUUCCGCUGCCCGCGAUGCGUAUUACAGCCUCAAGAGUGAUGGAGAUGUCUUUUUCACCUGGGACGAUGUGAAGAACUCAAGCCGAAACUUGAUGGUCUACAACGGCGAUGUUCUCGACCUGAACCUUCUAGAGUGGUUCAAUACUACUCAAGUGUCAUACCCCAGCCGCUUUGAUGAUAUUCGGAAGAAUUCAGCACUCCGUGGGGUUGACAUUACCCGCUCGUUCACUUCGACAGAAGACAAGCAAAUCGCCAAGUGUUUCUCGGAAAUCAUCAAAGUUGGCUCUAUCGAUACCGAAAGCAUUGGCUGCAUUGCUUCCAAGGUUGUUCUCUACGUGUCGUUGGCGUUCAUUCUCUCUAUUGUUGCUGCCAAAUUCUUCCUCGCUCUAGCCUUCCAGUGGUGGAUUUCUAAGAAGUACGCUGCCGACAAGUCCGGAAUGGGUCUUAACUCCAAAAAGAGGCAGAAGGAGAUCGAAGACUGGGCCGAUGAUAUCUACCGCCCUCCGCCGAAAAUUGCCGAUCCUACUGGGCCCAGUUCAGUGGAUCGCAACAACAAGCGCAGCAGCAAGUUCUUUCCGUCGACAUCCAGAUUCACCAGCCCCUACGCAAUUGACUCGGGCAAGUCCCGCCCGCCGCCCACGACCAUGGCCAGCCAGAAUUCGACCGCUCGUCUCAUGAACCCUGCCUUCAAACAGGGCAAUCGAAGCGAAGGCACUCUUGGUUAUGACAUGAAUAGCAGGUCCGGUGGAGGUGAAAGCCGCACUAGCUUGAUGCUCCCACCUACUUCUGACCAGCGAUACUCCAGCUACAUGGGUGAAUCCGAGGGCCCUGGCCCGGCAGGCUUCAUCCACGAAGCUGUAGUUCCGCAACCUCCUGCCGAAUGGCAGCCGUUUGGCUAUCCUCUCGCACACUCCAUCUGCCUGGUCACCACCUACUCUGAGGGUGAGGAAGGUAUUCGGACCACUUUGGAUUCCAUCGCCACCACGGAGUAUCCCAACAGCCACAAGCUGAUCCUCGUUAUUUGUGACGGUAUCAUCAAGGGCAAGGGCGAGGAGUUCUCGACUCCAGAGAUCUGUCUUGGCAUGAUGAAAGAUCACGCUGUUCUGCCCGACGAAGUGCAAGCCUUCUCGUAUGUUGCGGUUGCCGGUGGAUCGAAAAGACACAACAUGGCCAAAAUCUACUCUGGGUUCUAUGACUACGGCGACGACUCGCGCAUCCCGGGCGAGAAGCAGCAGCGCGUACCAAUGAUGCUUGUUGUCAAGUGCGGCACGCCUGAAGAAGCCAGCAAGUCCAAGCCAGGAAACCGCGGUAAGCGCGACAGCCAGAUCAUCCUGAUGUCCUUCCUCCAGAAAGUCAUGUUUGAUGAACGCAUGACGGAGCUGGAAUUUGAAAUGUUCAACGGCAUAUGGAAGAUCACCGGGAUAUCGCCGGACUUCUACGAGAUUGUGUUGAUGGUCGAUGCGGAUACGAAGGUGUUCCCUGAUUCUCUGACGCACAUGAUCUCCGCUAUGGUCAAAGAUCCCGAGAUUAUGGGCUUGUGCGGCGAGACUAAGAUCGCCAACAAGCGCCAAUCGUGGGUGUCAAUGAUUCAGGUCUUCGAGUACUUCAUUUCUCACCAUCAGGCCAAGUCGUUCGAAUCCGUGUUUGGCGGUGUAACGUGUUUGCCAGGCUGCUUCUGCAUGUACCGCAUCAAGGCGCCCAAGGGUGGACAGAACUACUGGGUUCCGAUUCUUGCCAACCCCGAUGUGGUCGAGCACUACUCGGAGAACGUUGUCGACACGCUCCACAAGAAGAACUUGCUUCUUCUUGGCGAGGACCGUUACCUGUCAACGCUGAUGCUGAAGACGUUCCCGAAGCGCAAGCAAGUGUUUGUUCCACAAGCCGUCUGCAAGACGACGGUUCCGGACGAGUUUAAGGUUCUGCUCUCGCAGCGUCGUCGGUGGAUCAACAGUACCGUUCACAACCUGAUGGAGCUCGUUCUUGUCAGGGACCUGUGCGGCACCUUCUGCUUUAGCAUGCAGUUCGUCGUCUUCAUCGAGCUGGUCGGCACGCUUGUGCUGCCGGCGGCGAUUUCGUUCACCAUCUACCUGAUUGCGAUCGCCAUCAAGGCAGCAAUCGAGCACACGCCGGCGCCGACGAUUCCUCUAGUGCUGCUCGCGCUCAUUCUCGGUCUUCCGGCCAUCCUGAUCGUGCUCACCGCUCAUCGGUGGUCGUACGUGGCAUGGAUGCUGAUCUACCUCGUGUCCUUGCCCAUCUGGAACUUCGUCCUCCCGACGUACGCGUUUUGGAAGUUUGAUGACUUCUCGUGGGGUGACACGCGGAAGACGGCAGGCGAGACGAAGAAGGGCGGGCACGAGGACGACGGCGAGUUCGACAGCAGCAAGAUCACGAUGAAGCGCUGGCAAGACUUUGAGCACGAACGGCGGCUCAGGGGCUCCAGCGUGGGUUGGUCGCAGCAGAGCGCGUCGGCCGGGGCAUGGCCGGCUGGCUCGCAUCAGCAGCAGCAGCAGCAGCAGCAAGGAUACGAAACGUACUAUGAGCAUUAA